GUGGAGGAGCCGCGGCAAUGAUGGUGACGGAGAGAAGCCUGAACACGGCGUCAUGCAGUCUGGCGCUCGUGAUGAUGUGCAUGGCUGUCUGGCACAUGCAGAACCCAUCUCACUUUGGAAGAAGGUCUGCUCUUGCUCAGACCCCUGCUCAGCAAACCACGGAGCUUUCCUUCUUGCAAACUUCUUCCUUCGUUGAUCAGAUCUACAUGUAUGCUGGUCUGGCCGUUGACAACAAGCAUGAGACUGGUUUCAUCGCCAAGGAAAUCCGCAAGCAUAACUACCAGACUAUGGUGCGUCUCUUCACCUCCUUGGACGAUGCUACUUUCAGGGCUGUGCUCUGGGAUCAGGCUGUUCAUUGCUUGGUCUGGCCUCCUUUUGUUCGCUACCCCGGCAUCAGUGAGACUGCCAAGACUGAUCUCCGUGCUUACACUGCUGCUGGCAACAACGUUGUCUUCCUCGGAAACUACGUUGCUGUGCAGUUCAUGAACGACGUCUACGGCUUCCAGCUCACUGAUGACUAUCAGAAUGGCCCAUACUACCGUAACGACCGCAAUGUCCGCAACACUCCAUUCCAGUACCUUCCAUCUCGUGUGGAGCAGGCUUCCAUCGAGACCUACGCUGUGAAGAGCCGUUCCCUCCCUCCAGGUGGUAAGAGCAUGCUCGACACUCUCGGCGCUACUGUUGCGUUUGUGAUCCGCUACGACCUUGGUACUGUUUGCUACAUUGGGUACAACUACAACACUCCCUUCCAUGCGGACCAAUGGACCCGGGUGUUGCACUGCGCCAUCGACAUGUAAAUGGCCUAGUUGUCAGUCGUCGCUGGAUGUUUCAGUUUUCAAUGGUGCAAAUGUCUACCAAAGGCGAUGGCGGCACAGCUCGGAUGGGCAGUGGUGGUUAUGACUUAUUCAACAUAGUUAAGCUGUACAAAGAUGUCGGCAAAGUUUGCAUGAGAUGCUUUGUUCGGGAACCAAGUGGAAGGUGGUAUAGCCUAUCAUUCUUUACACGUUGGCAGGAACUUUACAAUACUCUAGUGAAAUCAGUAAAUCAAAGACAGAG